AACAAACAAACAAAAAAGCAAAAAAAUUUCUAAUUUGAGUAAUUGAGUGAGUUAAUUGAGUGAAUUCAACGGUUCACAGCCCAAUAACAAAAACAAACCUUGUUCCGGCCCAGCCUAACCCAAACAACCUUGAGAGUAAAUUCCCCAAUAUUCCUUUUCGUCGUAUAUUCAUUUUUCUUUAUUCUCUCUCUCUUGCUCGUUUCUUUCUUUCUUCACCGGCACGUGAAGCCGGAACUGUCAUUUUCUUGAGUUCAAGAGAUAGGCAGUUGGGGAGGCUCACUACCUUUCUUGAACGAAUUCACGGCUUUUUCACAUUCGCCGGACGAUGAAGAAAGAAGAAGAGAAAUGCGUGCUGGAGAUUAACCUAAUCUCUGCGCAAGGCAUCAAAUUGCCGUCUGGGCACUUGUGGAGAAUGCAGACGUACGCGCUCGCUUGGAUCGACCCCUCCAUCAAGCUUCGCACCGAAGUCGAUCGAGUCGGCGGCGAGAACCCUACCUGGAACGAUCGCUUCCUCUUCCAAGUCUCCCCUGAGUUCCUCUCCUGCGAGACCUCUGCUGUCUCAGUCGAGAUUUACGGCGUAAGUUGCGUACGCGACAACUUGAUCGGUACCGUCCGAUUCCUCCUCAGCAACUUCCUUAAUAUCCACGCCAAAAUCCCGUCCUUCACGGCUCUACAAAUCCGGCGACCUUCCGGCAGGUUCCACGGCGUUUUGAACGUCGGCGCGAUGGUUAUGGACCGCUCGGAUUUCCCCGCCCUGCGAAAUAUCUCGGCUAUCAGCUACCGCGAUCUGAUGGGAAAAAGCCACAGACACAAGCGCGGGAAGGAUCGCCGGAGGGAAUCGGAGAAGGAGAAUUCUUGUGGCGGCUUUUCGGAUCGGUCUUUUGCUGAAUCGCCUGCCUGCUCGGACAGCAGCGAAUCAUCGACCUCGUCGUCGUCAGCUGCAUCGACGGCGCUCAAGGAUUGGAAUUCAAUCAGAGAUGUGGCGGGAAACAAGAGCUUGAAGAAUUCAUCUUACGCCUCGGGAUUCUUGUGCGGCUUGUUGUUGCAAAGGAAGGUCCAUCUUGGUCCGUGCGAUCAGAAUAUGGACUCGUUCGGUGGGCCCGAAAAUAGAGAUAGGUGAAAAAGGGUAAGAAAAAAAUAAAAUAAAAUAAAAUAAAAAGAUAAAAAUAAAUAAAAAUAAAAAUCUUUAGAUUUUCACCGUUUGGAUCAGAAAUUUGCAAUGAAGACUGAAAGGUGGAGAUGUAGUUGAUACGUUGCAGACAUCGAAUACCCUCAUGCUCCAUUCGACUUUGAUCUCCCUAGUAAAAGUUGUAAUUGUAGAGUAGGCACCAGGCUAUAGUGGGUAGAGUGGUCAUGAUUUCCAUACAAGAAAAGAAUACUAAAAUCGUCUUCUCUUCUUUUUACUAAGAUUUGAAUAAAAAGCAAUGCGUUACUUCUUCUUCCCUUAAUUUGUAUGUAUAUUAUCUCUUUUUUCUGUUAAACUAAUCACUUUUUGGUUUUUUUAUUUGAUAUCCGAAACUAGUAGGUGAAUAUAUAUAUAUAUAUAUAUAUACACACACACAUUA